UCUCCCUCUCCCUCUCUCUCUUCACUCUGUCCGAGCUGACUUUUACCCUCGACACCUUCUCUGUCCUUGGCUCAUCCCCGGCCCCUUCCCCCAAUUCGCCGACCCGCCGCUCCCGAAUCCCAUCCAAAUUUCCUCUUCAUCUUUCAAAGAUCGGAUUUUGGGAGGGGCACCACCCCCAGAUCGGAGAGGAAUCCCCGUUCCAUCUGGUGGGUCGGCCUCCGCUGCCUGUUUUCUUGGCUAUUAUCCCCUUCCCAAGGGCGGCUCUUGGAUGGGCUGCCUGCCGUGCUUCGGGUCGGCUGGCGAGGGGGCGGCCAAGAAGGGCGGCGCGCGCAAGGACGGCUCGUCGGAUCGCCGCGUUACCCGCGUCGGAUCAGGGUGGAUCGGGUUCUAAGAAGGAUGCAGUCAUCCUGAGGGAGGGGAACAAUCAACAUAUUGCAGCACACACUUUCACUUUUCGUGAACUUGCUGCUGCCACAAAGAACUUCAGACAAGAUUGUUUAUUGGGUGAAGGAGGUUUUGGCCGUGUUUAUAAAGGACGUUUAGAGAAUGGGCAGGUCGUUGCAGUGAAGCAACUUGAUCGCAAUGGCCUUCAAGGAAAUAGGGAGUUUCUGGUUGAGGUUCUGAUGCUGAGUCUAUUGCACCAUGACAACCUGGUCAACCUAAUUGGAUACUGUGCUGAUGGGGACCAACGUCUUCUUGUAUAUGAGUUUAUGCCAUUGGGAUCACUUGAGGAUCAUUUGCAUGAUAUUCCACCUGAUAAGGAACCUCUGGACUGGAAUACACGGAUGAAGAUUGCUGCGGGUGCUGCCAAGGGCUUAGAGUACUUGCAUGACAAGGCAAGUCCUCCUGUUAUUUACAGGGAUUUCAAGUCCUCAAACAUUCUACUUGGUGAAGGGUUUCAUCCAAAGCUAUCGGACUUUGGCCUUGCCAAACUUGGCCCUGUUGGUGACAAGACUCAUGUUUCAACACGUGUUAUGGGAACUUAUGGCUAUUGUGCCCCAGAGUAUGCAAUGACAGGGCAGCUUACAGUUAAAUCUGAUGUAUAUAGUUUUGGUGUUGUGUUCCUUGAACUGAUUACUGGCCGGAAAGCAAUUGACAACGGCAAGCCCCAUGGAGAGCAAAACCUAGUUGCAUGGGCUCGUCCUCUAUUCAAGGACCGCCGGAAAUUUCCUAAAAUGGCUGAUCCGUUACUUCAGGGCCGCUUCCCCAUGAGGGGCCUGUAUCAGGCUUUAGCCGUUGCUGCAAUGUGUUUGCAGGAGCAAGCUGCUACACGCCCCUUUAUAGGUGAUGUGGUAACUGCUCUUUCAUACCUAGCUUCUCAGACGUACGAUCCAAAUGCACCUGUUCAACAUAAUCGGAGCAAUUCAUCUACUCCGAGGGCUAGCCGAGGUGGCGGGAGCAAUGACCAACGCCGUCUCCGCUCACCGAAUCACCAUUCUCCAGAUUUGAGGAGAAGGGAAGCAACCACAGGACCAAAAUAUGAAGCUGAGGUUAGCAGGACAAAUUCUGGUAGUGGUUCUGGUCGUCAGUCUGGCUUGGAUGACGUGGAUAUGACAGUUUCGCAAUUGGGUAGUCCUGGUCAUGGAGGAAGAAAGAGGGAAUCUCCUAGGACUGCGGAAAGGCAGGGUGCCAUUGCAGAGGCCAAAACAUGGGGGGAGAAUUCGAGAGGGAGAAAUUGACUAAAAUCUCAGGGCAUUGAAAGUAUGAAUGAGCAGAACUCUGAAGCAGAAUGUUCAAUCCACUCAUCAUUCAGAAAAAAAAACAUUGAUGAGUUCCUUGCCAGCACCAAACAGGACGAUUAGGAACAUUGCAUCUGUUCCAUCUUGGUCCCUUGGUCAUGUGAAUAGAGCUUUCCUUUUUCCGCUUUCCUGGCUAUUGCCACUGCUUCGCAGCUUCUCCAUACAAAUAUCACCACCACCACCACCACCACCACCAGAACUACCGCCAAAACCCAUUCCUGGCGUGGGAAUGUGAUCAUGCUUAUGAACCUUUGUCGACACGGCAAAGAACAACAUUCGGCUGAAAAUGUAAAGAGCAAAGGGAAAAUCUGCUCUAAGGAGCAAAAAACAACAUUGUUGCUGUUGCAUGGUGGGUGUUGGCGGUGGCACCAUUGUUGGAGUAUAGAGCUUAUGUCGAGUCUGAGUACUGAGGGUUGAGGGAUGUGGUGUUCUUUUCCUGAAGGGUUUGUACCGGGGUUACAGCAGUCCACCUGUGUUUGGUACAUCUGUCCUGUGACAUUUUUGUUUUGAGUUGUCAUAACACAUCCUUUAUGUUAUCUGUAUCAGCUAACUGUUGUGCCCCUUGCAUCUUAUGCAUGCUGUUUCGAAAACUGGUUUUGUUCCACCUUCCUUU